AUGGGUCCCAAUUCGCCAACCCUCAGCUCCUUGCCUCCAGAGAUUGUCACGCGCAUAUGCCAGAUCCACUUGUUGGACUGGUACAAGUCUCGACAGUCUGAUCUACGCUGCGACCUGACAGCCUUGGCUCUCACCUGCCGUUCUCUCACCGAUGUUGUCUUUGAUACGCUCUGGAGCUCGCUUUCCUCAGUAGCACCACUACUGCGCACCCUGCUCGAGGAUUUAUGCACCACCGCUCCGUUCAUCCAUCCGCCCUCGCACGGUAAUUAUAAUGCGCCUGGCAUCCAGGGGACACAGCUCGUGAUCCUGCGAGCUCCUGUACGACAAGACUUCGAUCGUUUCGUCACAUACGCGAGGCAUGUCAAGAAGAUUGGGCGCGAUGUCCCCCAAUAUGACUUCCUCACCGAUGAACUGCGGCCCUCUGGCAUGGGUGAAUAUACUCUGCACUCCUUUCACCGCAUCCCUUCCGCGGUGUGGGACUUCCUGUCCGAGUUCGCGCCCAAGCCGCUCCUCCCCAACGUGCAAUUUCUCCACCAUUGGGAAUGGGAAGUGCAAUAUGGUAUCGACUACCGGGAAACCAUCUUUCACCCUGCCGACGUUCUUUUCGGGCCUAACUUGAAGGAGGCAGAGAUCCACUGCACAAACCCGCACGCGCCUCCCGAGCACCUCACAGACCUGGUUCGCACCCUGUCCGGUUCCGCUACUUCCCUGGAGCAUCUCAGAGUAGAGGCCGACUCGCAAUUUGCCAGCCGUCCGGACAGCGGCUCUCUCCACGGUCCGGAGUUGCGCUGCUUCCACCAACUCACCAGCUUCGUCGGCAACACCGUGCGGGUUGCGCCAGACGCGCUCUUGGCUCUGGGCCGCCUGCCCCACCUGGAGCUGCUGCUGCUGCACGUUGAUUCCGCAGAGUACACCUGGGACGCACUCACCCACGAAAGGUCCCCGGACGUCUUUCCGGCCCUGCAACAGCUUGUCCUGCACAAGAUCAGCUUCGACUGGUGUACGGCAUUCCUACGCGUGCUCUCGUGCGCGUCGCUCCGGGGGCUCUCCAUCCGCUCCGAGCACCACGAACUGCCGCCCCCAUUGCUCCUGGAGGAGCUCUGCAUCGUGAUCAGCGAGCUUCCUUCGGCCCACAUCAUUACCGGACUCUUCAUCACCAUCGGCGCCACCCAGUUCCAGUCCGAGCGCUACGACCUGAGCGAAACGUACUGGCCGGGAGACAUCGCGCCUCUGUUCACCACCCUGUCCGCCCUGCAACGCCUCGACAUCACCGGACAGUGCGUCACUAUCAUCGACGACCCCACGCUCGACAAGGUAUCGCAGAAGUGUCCGGACAUCGCAGAGCUCACGCUCGCGUGGGACCCCGAGGUACAUCCAGGUUUCGACCACGAACGCUCCCGCGACGACGACGACUUCCCGUACGCGACGCCCUGCGGGCUCCUCCACCUCGCCCGGCGCUGCUCCCGCCUGACGAGACUCGCGCUCGCGGUCAACAUGGGCCAUCUUCCCCCGCCCUCUCGUACCGCUGGCGCCCGCCGCGGCGGGCUCGCGCAUGCGCCACCGCUACAUGUCUCGGGGCCGGCGGUCUCGCCGCUGCAGACAUUCAUCGCAACGGGGUCCCUGGUCGGCGACAAGGCGCGCACGGCGUCGAUUCUCUCGCUGCUGUUCCCGCGCCUGGCCGAAAUCUCGAACCGCCUCGCGAUACAGGGCUGGUGGGACAUCAGCCAGAACCACUCGCGGAUCGUGCGGGUACGGACGCAGGAGAGGGCGUGUGCGGAGAGGGAGGGGAAGCGGAUGAGGGAGCCGGAUUUCAAUGUCGAACUCGGACAGGUGUUUGGCCUGGGGGAGGAGCCUGUUUAUGGAUGA